UUUUAAAAAUACAGCUUAAUCAUUAUUAAUGUAAUUGUUAUUAUUAUUAUUAUUUUUUUAAAAAUUACUGCGAUUUGGAAAAAGUUUUAAAAUCAACAGUGAUAUAUAUGAUUGCCCUUGGAUUUUAACUCAAAUAUACUAAAUGUGUUUGGGCGGCGUCCACUACGAACUCGCGGCGGCGUCAUGGCGGACACGGUUUGAGCAGUUGCGGAUGCGGCGCGUACACAGCCGCGGCCGAUGUGGAUCCCGAUGAUGGCUGCGGCCGCACAACACGACAGGGUCGUACUGUCACCGCGCCGGUUGCAGCAGCAUCAACAGCAGCAGCACACUCCUUCGCCGGAUCGCGAUCGACAUGGCCAGCGCACUUAUCUGCACAUGGUGCCCAUGUUGCCUCCUCCUGCCGUUCCUGCGACCAAUGACGGUCAAGACACAAUUAUUUCGGAUCGCCUUCAAGACACUUCGUUCCAAUAUACAUCCAACGCACCAUCAGUCAUUUCAGGAAAUGCAUUUACAACCCCGUCAAAAAUCCCCAACUCCAUCAACAAACUGAACUUAAUACAGUCACACUCGAAUAAAUGGGGCAGCUCAAGAAAGGUACACGAAAGAUCCACUGGACCGGACUGGUUCGAGACAAAAAUGGCAAACGCGAAACUAGAGAAAAAAAGAUCAUCGAAUUGUUUUUGGAGCUCAUCAUUCGUAGUGGACCCAACCACACACUUUCAUUAUAAGUGGCUAAUGUUAGUAACCGUCACAAUCCUAUACAACUUGGUAUUUGUCAUCGGUCGUGGAGUAUUCUGGGAGCUGAACAAUGCGAUGCCGACCAUUUGGUGGAUUCUGGACUACGCUUCUGACGGGAUCUACGUAGUCGACACACUAGUACAUGCACACGAAGGUUUCCUGGACCAAGGUCUCAUGGUCCGCAAUUCUCAUAAGCUGAGGGAAAACUACUUCAGCACGUCCAAAUGGAAAUCAGACUUCCUGAGUCUGCUUCCCACCGACCUGGCGUACUUGUGGUGGCCGUCGGGCAGCUGUUCGGCAGACGUCCUGCCCUGUCCUGUGAUCGUCCGUGCCAAUCGACUGCUCCGAGUACCGAGGAUGCUGGAAUUCUUCGACCGCACAGAAACCAAAACCGGGUAUCCAAACGUGUUCCGCAUUUGCAAAGUGGUGUUCGCCAUACUCAUACUCAUACACUGGAACUCAUGCUUAUAUUUCGCUAUAAGCUAUGUGAUCGGGUUUGGGUCGGAUAAUUGGGUGUACAACUUGCAAGGUGCUAGGAAUUCAUCGCUUUCUAGACAGUACAUUUACUGUUUUUAUUGGUCGACACUUACGCUCACAACUAUAGGAGAGACACCGCAGCCGGAAAACGAACUGGAACACGUGUUCGUGGUGGCCGAUUUCCUUGCCGGUGUGCUCAUUUUCGCCACGAUCGUAGGAAAUAUAGGCAGUAUGAUCAGCAACAUGAAUGUGGCCAGGGUAGAAUUCCAGAAUCGCAUGGAUGGUGUCAAACAGUACAUGGCCUUCCGGAGGGUUUCCAAAGAGCUAGAGGCAAGAGUCAUCAGAUGGUUUGCCUACACGUGGGCUAACAAACAGGCUCUUGAUGAAGAACGUGUGUUGGCAGCUUUACCAGAUAAACUAAAAGCUGAGAUAGCUAUACACGUACAUCUCGACACAUUAAAGAAGGUCGAGAUAUUUCAGGACUGCGAACCUGGCCUAUUAGAAGAACUCGUGCUCAAGCUCAGACUCCAAGUGUUCAGCCCUGGAGACUACAUAUGUCGUAAAGGAGAUGUGGGCAAAGAGAUGUAUAUAGUAAAGCGAGGCAUUCUCAGUGUCGUUGCUGACGACCAAAAAACCGAAAUCGCCACUUUAAGCGCUGGAAGCGUUUUUGGAGAGGUAAGCGUACUAGAAAUAGCUGGAAACAAAACAGGCAAUCGUCGUACAGCCAACGUCCGGAGUUUAGGGUACUCUGAUCUAUUUUGUCUGUCCAAAAGAGAUCUCUGGGAAACACUAAGGGAUUAUCCCGAAGCUAGACACAGCCUAAUGCAACGUGGUUGUCAGCUACUGCGAAAAGAUAGGCUAUUAGACGAGGACGCGUUCCUGCAAGCUCAAACGCAGAAUGAAACCAUUAACGAAGCAGUGUCUAGAUUAGACUGUAACCACCCGAACCGAGGCGUGGAAGGAUACAUUAGAUCCAUUAGCAGGGACGACUUCGGACAGCCGACUCUGCGGCAGUCCAAUCGCAAGCAGUCGAAGCACAAGUCAAAAUUCUCGACAGUCGUUAUCAAACCAAACCGGAAGCAAUUUGCUCAAGUUUAUACCACCAUGAAAGAUGUGACUUCUCGGUUGUCAAAUCUCGUGACCGAAUAUUACAAUCAAAAUGUCAAGCUCAAUGAAAAAAUUACCGAAUUGGAAGAACAAAUACGAGUUGUCAAAUAUCAUUCAAUAACUGAUUCAAAAUACGAGGAUCAACAGGGUUCGAAUGUUGAAAAUGACUCAACUUCGUCAUCUAGCCAAUCAACGGUAUUCGGGACUUAUGCCACAAGGAGAUCGUUUAACGUUCCCAAGAAUUCUUGGGCACGAAGGCGUCGUAAACUUAAGUCUACCUGAUGUUUAACUGACGGGCUAUCUCAUUUACAGGAUCCAUAUGCCUCGGCAUAAUAUAAACCACUAUGUAUAUUGUCGAUAUUGGAUAGUUAAAAAAAGUCAACAGCCAAUAUUUAAGUGCAUUGUAUACACAUGGUUUAUACUACAUAACGGAUCUAUGUAGCCAAAUAAUUGUGGGGUAGUCUUUUGAAAUGUACAUACAAAAAUAUACAUAAUAUACAUAUAACACAAGUGUACACCACGACAGUCGACUUUCUACUAUGGUUUACGUAUACAUGACUUAUUUGUUUAAAGGAAUCGAAAUAUUUUACAACUAGUAUCAUGGUAUUUUCAUUAUCUAAGCUAUAUCUUAAUGUUGAUAUCAAAAAUACUGUAAAAUAUUCCUACAGAAAAUGUUUCCUUGUCUACAUUGUUUGGUUUUUUAAAUAAUUUAACUUAUUUCAUAGUAUAAUUUCAAGUAAAAAAAAUAAUUCAGUUAAAAUAUUCCCAUGAUGUACCAAAUAUACAUUUUUAAAAUACCAAAAUAACCAUGAAGUAUGUGCGUCACGUUCUUGUGUUCAUUUGGUUUGUAAAAAUUAAUGUAGUAAAAUUAAUAUUUUAAUUUUUAUAACACCCAAUAUACGUUUAAAAAUUAAAUUUAACUAAAAUGUAAUGUUUAGGUAUAGUAUUUUGUUACAUGAGAAUCUUAUGAUAUUAAAUUCUAAUUUAUAAAGAUUUAUUUUUGUUGAUUAUUCAAUAUCCUAAACUUGAGUGCAAUUGCUAAACACAAUUAGUUUCAUGUUUAAGUAAAUAUUGUCUACUACAGAUUGUAAUAGAAUAUGAACCAAAUUUAAUUUAUCUUUUAACAAAAUAUAUUCUCACCAACAUUUUAUUAUACAUAGUACAUACCAAUAAAAAAAUAGUAAAUGUUAUUUGAAUUGAAUGACGUAUUACAGUUGGGUCCAUUGAACUUAAAUUUACACCUAAUUGAGUCCAAAAAAUAUCAUAAUUGAAUCCAAAAAUACAUUUUCCUUCCGAUUUAAAGACUUAGGACUGUCAAAACAUAAAUGUCAAACAAAUUCUAAAACAAAUUGGACUAAAUUAAGCGUAUUAUUGGACGGAAUUCAGCCAUAAAUAUAAUUCAAGAUCUGGAAUUGAACUCUGUACAACUCCCGAAUUGAGUGCCAUUCUAAGGAGAUUCUGUGUAUAUGUCGACAGUAGGUUUCGUUUUAUAUUAAAAUAUUUUACCUGGCAAUCAAUAAAAAACAGGGAGAGGGUGAUAAAAAAGCUAUCAAGAUUGAAAAUUUUCAGAGAACUAUUAACAAACAAAAUGGUUAAAUUAAGUAUUAAAUACUGUCACAUAUUUUUUUUUUUUUUUGAUGGCAGUUGAACCAAAUAUCUGUUAAACGAUAAACGAUUCAGCAUUCAGUUGCAGUUUUACGAAACAUACACAACAAUUUAUGGCACAAAAUAACCACGAUUAGUUAUUUAGGAAAUUCAAAAACUUAAAUUAAUUAAUAAUAUUGUAUAGCAAGAUCUUUUUUCUUCUCUUUAGUUUUAGAUUUAUUCAUAUUUCAUUCAUUGUAUGUUUACUUUUACUCGUCAGUCAUCAGUCAUCCAUAAAAUUCGUUAGAUAAAUUAAUCUAAAGCAUAAAAUUGUAAUAGUUAUUACUAACCUUAACUUUGUUAGUACACAAUUGUCUAAUUAAAUAAUAUGCAACAUCUUAUCCAUAAUUAAUCAAAUAUUAAUAUAUUAUAUUAAACAAAACUGUUGACCAACAAUUUUUUUUUACUCUUUCUUACAAUUGUACAGUAUAGGUAUCACCUACAUGGAUUGUGGUAGAGUAAAUUUUAAGACUUAUCUUAUCAUUUCAAUAAUUCUUAAAGCAUUUAUUCUAAUACUAAUUUAUAAUAUUAUUGGCCAUUUCUAUUUUGAUUUUGCAUAGUAUAUACAAUAAACGUGCAUUAAUAUUUCCCCCAAUCAUAGCUAUUGAAUCAUUUUAUGGAAAUGCGUUUAUAAAUAAACAUAAUAAUUGUCAUGAUGUUUUGGGUAGGUAAUAUAUUCUACACAUUCGAAAUAACGUACAUUUAGGUUAACUAAUUAUAGUGAAAUACUCGUAUGGUGUAAUAUAAUAUGAUAAUGUGAUAUUAAUCCACCUCAACGCACCGCAAUAAUAAUAUCAACAACAAAAUAAUUAUUUCUAACAUCACAACGAGUAUCCGAGGUAUACGAACAUAAUAUUUAUAACCGUGUGCGUUUUGAAUUAGGUUUGUCAUUCAGUGUCCUAUAGGUGGGCAUUCAAUAAUUUGAGAUCAUUUUCUUUCAGUAUAGCAUACUAUAUUAUUUAUAAAAUCGAUGAAUUAAGUUAAAAUGUCCAUCUAUAAAUGGCUCAUUCGUGUAAAUUACAACAUGCAGUGACGUGCGAUGAGGGUUAGGGUACAACUGUCAUCCUCCGAAAUUUUAGGCUCUCUAUAUUCAUUUUAGUUGAAAUACAAAUCAACUUACGGGGUUUAUUCGAUCAGUCUUUAGAAAGAUAAAAGUUUAACUCCCUCGAAGAUAAACAAAAAAAUAAUUUUAAAAAAGUCCUGCAUACGGCGAUACUUCUGAAUACAACUACAAAAAAAUAUGCAAAGCUCAAAUAACAAAAAAACAAUCUAGUUAAAACUAGUUUGUAAAACAUACGUUCAUUGUUGAUUUGUCAAAUCUGUAUAUCUAUAUGUUAUAAGUACCUAUUAUUUUUUUAUGCUACACUGAACACGUGUAGUUUGUGUUAACAAUAUUAUCUUAUUGUUAUGUAGUAAUUUGUAAUUUGUAUAACUAUAUAAGCGAAUCCACUUAAAUUUAUAUAAGUACAGUUAUAAAUGUUAUAAAUAAUAUUAUAUAGUUUUAAAAGAGUACAUACUGUUAUUAAAGUUAUUGAUAUUAUUAACGUGUAGAUACGAAAUGGCAAAGAGUACGACAAAAAUAUACAUAAUAUAUAUAUAUUUUCUUUUGUACAUACAUUGUUUGACGUUCGUUAUACACUUAUAUAUAUAUAGCAUAAUAUUGUGCUAUGUAUUUUACAUCGAAUGAAACUACGAAAUUAUGUUUAAGUUUUUUACGAUACAAAGUUAGCUUUAGGAAAGAUUGUAUGAUAAAAGUUAAAAACCCGUGCAGACAAUAUUGUAUAUUACACUUACAUGGAUUUAAUAGGAAACACGUUUUAAGUUGUAUUAUUAUCAUAAUAUAAUAUAUGUAUUUUAAAUAAA